GAGAUAGGCACAUUUGUCUUUCUUUUUGCAGAGGAUAGAUUGGCUGAGGUAGUCUGUCUAAGGGAGAGGGAAUGCAGCUGGAAACUCGGAUGAAGAGCUGAAGGAAGUCGUUGAUCUUGCAAAAUUAAGAGGUGGCAGAUUUCGUCCCGUUCUUUUAGAAGAAAGUAUUACAAAAACAGAAAAACUACAUUUGGAAAAAUGGAAAAUAUUAUUUCGUUAAUAGUAGAAUACUCUGUUGGUCCAAUCGGAAAACAAUUUGGCUAUCUUGUUUUCUACAAGAGUAGUAUCGCAACUCUUGAAGAGAAAUUUCGGAGGGCACUUGAGAAGAAGGAGGCAGUGCAACAAUCUGUUAAUGGAGCCCAAUGGAAUCAAGAAGUAGUUGCAAGUGAAGUUAAGACUUGGCUGACAAAUGUGGAGAAAAAAAUUGAAGAAAUCCAGAAAUUCCUUGGAGAAGAUGUGAAAGCCAAUAGGAUGUGCUUGAAUGGUUGGUGUCCGGAUCUGAAGCUAUGCUAUUCCUUGGGUAAGAAAGCUAAGAAGAAUACUCAAGCUAUCAUUCAGUUGCUAGAAGAAGGUGAAAAAUAUGAUAGGGUGUACAACAUUGCACCUCCAUUGAAAGUAAGAUCACCAUCCACAGAACUGUUUAAGGAUUUUGAAUCACGAAAAUCAACUAUUCAAAAUGUUUUGAAUGCUCUAAAGAAUGACAAUAUCGACAUGAUUGCAUUAUGCGGCAUGGGAGGGAUGGGCAAGACAAAAAUGGCCAAAGAGAUUAAGAGAAGAGUGGAAUCUGAUAAUUUAUUCCAUAAAGUUGCCAUUACGGUGGUGUCUCAAAAUCCAAACUUCAUAAAAAUUCAAGGCGAACUUGCAGAAUCGCUAGGUACUAGACUUAAAGCAGAAAGUUUACAAGGAAGAGCAGAUGAAUUACAUUCAAUAUUGACUGAAAAUAAGAAAGUCCUUUUGAUAUUGGAUGAUGUUUGGAAACCACUUGAUAAUCAGGAUAUUGAGGAUAUUGGAGUUUACUAUGCAUUUAAAGAAAAGAGCUGCAAAAUCUUGUUGACGUCAAGAAACGGCGAACCUAGCAAUGGGAUAGAAAUUCACGAGACUUUUCGAGUUGACCUUUUAUCUGAAGAAGAAGCGUGGAAUCUUUUUGUAGAGAUGACAGGUGAUUGUGUCAAUAGCUCCGAUCUAAUCUCAAUUGCAAAACAGGUUGCGAAGGAAUGUGCAGGUUCACCCCUUGCCAUUGCGACAGUUGGAGGCGCUCUUAGCAACAAAAGUGACAAAAAUGAGUGGAAAGCCGCGCUUCAGCAACUGAAAAUGUCUAUCCCACAAAAUAUCAAUGGUCAGCUAAAGGUAUAUUCCAACAUAGAGUUCAGUUACAAUUACUUAGAAAGUGACGAAGCCAAAUCAUGUUUUUUGCUAUGUUGUUUGUAUCCCGAAGAUUAUGAUGUUCCGAUUGAAAAUUUAGUCAGGUAUGGAGUUGCAAAAAGGUUUCUCAAAGGCUUGGGUACUGUGGAACAAACAAGAGUACUUGUCCACACAAUAGUUAAGAAUCUUAGAAGAUCAAAUCUCUUGUUGGAUAGCAACGAGAAGGAAUGUGUCAAAAUGCAUGAUGUUGUACGAGAUGUUGACAUAUCAAUUGCAUCCAGAGACGAAAAUGGUUUUAUGGUAGUGUUGCACGAAGGACUUGAAGAAUGGCCACAGAAGGAUAGAUACGACAGUUACACCACAAUUUCUCUUUUACUUGGAGAAAUGAAAUGGCAUCCUACUGAGUUGAAGUGUCCCAAACUUCAGCUUUUGCAACUAUUAUGUUUGAACCUUUCAAAAACGUUCCCAGACAAUUUAUUGGACGGGAUGAAGGAGCUGAAGAUGUUGUGUUUGCAAAAUAGUUACUUCACCUUGCCGACGUUGCCACCAUCAAUCCAAAUCCUCCAAAACCUUCAGAUGUUGAAUCUGCAGCAUUGUAGCUUAGGAGAUGUGUCGGUAAUUGGAACCCUUGGAAACCUAGAAAUUCUUGGCUUUCCUGACUGCGAUAUCGAGGAGUUACCGUCGGAAAUAGGAAAUCUUAGUCGAUUAAAGUUACUUGAUAUGAAGGAAUGUGUUUUUCUAAAGCAAAUUGCAGCUGGUGUAUUAUCUAAUUUAUCUCGACUAGAAGAAUUGUACGUGGGAGGAUUCAACAAAUGGGGAUGUAGGACUACGAUGGAAGCAAAUGGAGAAGUAAAAGCUAAUAAUGCAAGCCUUGUUGAACUAAUUCCUUAUUCCAGUCAACUGGUGGUUUUAGAAAUCAGUGUACCAAGUAUCUGCUACUUGCCAAAAGAAUUGCACUUCAGUAACUCCAAUUUCAGAUUUAGGAUAAAUAUUAGUAUAAAUGAUAUACCAGGCUCAGAUGGGAGCCUAGAUGAGAGGUAUUUAUUUGAAAAUAGUUUGAAACUUGAAGUGGAGGAUGCAAGUGAUCUUGGGGAACACCAAACAAUUCGUUCAUUGUUGAAGAAUGCUGUAGUUUUGAAUUCGGAUAUUGAAAAAAAUUGGAAACAUAUUUGGUUUGAGAAAGAGGAAAAAGAAAUUUUACCAUGCAACUUGAAGUGUCUAACAAUUAAUAGAUGUGAAGAUUUAGAAUAUCUACUUGAAGCCACAUCGGAUAGUACUCCACCUAAUAGCUUCCAUCUCCUGGAGUCACUAUCAUUACAUUACUUACCAAGGCUCAUUGGCAUAUGUAAAUCCACGGAUUCAGUUGAGGUUGAAAGAGAAGGUAGCUCUGCAUCAACAACCGUUGCUCAUAAACUAUUUUCAUCCAACACCAUUUUGUGGGUACCCAAUUUGAAACGUCUUAUAGUAGGAGACUGUGGAUCACUAGAAGUGGUAUUUGAUCUGGAAGGACUAAAGGUCAAAGAGAACCGCAAGCCCAUCCUAGCAGUACUUUCUGAACUAACAUUAUGGGACUUAUCUUGGAUGUCACAUGUGUGGAAGAAUAUUCCACCAGGAUUUCAAGGCUUUCAGAACUUGACAUUAAUUGAUAUCAUGGGAUGUGGUAGUCUGAGAAAUUUGCUCUCUGCUUCUAUAGCAAAACUACUGGUGCAACUCCAAGUCGUUACAAUACGGGAUUGCAACUUGAUGGAAAAUAUUAUUCAAAGGGAGUACGAAGCUGGAGAAGAAAGGAGAGCAUAUAUUUUAAGUAACGACGCCCAUUCUCUUAAGUGGCCAUCCAUAAAGAGCAUCAACUUGUGGGAAUGUCCAAAAUUAAAAACAUUUGGUUCAGAAGUUAGAAACGAAAGAAAGCUAAGAAAGCCAAGAGCCAAAGAGCCUAGUAGCGGCUCCUUCCCGGCAAGAGAAUCUUCAGGACUUUUCAACCGAUGCCUAGAGUCUUGUGUAUCACGUCACAGGAAUUAUAGUCCAGCCCAAGGAAAAAGCAACUCAAUUAACAAAGAGAUUACAUUGACAAAGGAAGAGGAGCAAAAUGUGAGUGAGACUGAAAAUCAAGCAAAGAUGUUGUCUCUGUUUCAAUACAACAUGAUUGAAAGUUUGGAGAAUCUAGAAGAACUUUCUAUACAUCUAUGUGAUUCAUUGGAAGUGAUAUUUGAACUUGAGGGACUAAAUGCUGAAGAAAGCAAUAUCUUCAAUAAUUUGACAGUAUUGUCAUUAAUAUAUUUACCGAAGCUAUUGCAUAUAUGGAAGAAAGACCCACGAGAUAUUAAGGGAUUUAAUUACUUGAGAUUGCUACGAGUAUGGGAAUGUGGUAGUUUGAAAUGUUUGUUCACACCAUCCAUAGCAAAACUUCUUGUGAAACUAGAGGAAAUAGAAGUAUAUAGUUGCAAUGAAAUGGAAGAAUUCCUUGGAAAAGAAUUGGGAGAUGAAGAGAAUAGAGAUGUGAUUGCAUUCCCCCUAGUGAAGACCCUCAAGCUCGGGAAUUUACGAAAGUUGGAGUGUUUUCACACCGAAGAUAAUCAUGCUUUUGAGUGGCCAUCUCUGGAUAAAAUAACAAUAGUUGGAUGCCCCAAAUUAAAAAUGCUUGUUUCGACAAGUACAAAAACACCUAAGCUAAAGGGAGUGCAUAUGAAGUCCAGAACUUUUCAACCAAUGGUAGAAGGAGACCUCAAUGCCACCAUACAACACAUUAUCAAAGGAGAGGGGUUGAAUCAAUUUUCUUCUCCACCUUUUUACGAUAUACGGAGUUACGAAGCAGGGUACGAUAAAGAUGUUUUUGAUUUUUAGAGGUUGUGGAAGUUCCAAGUCUCCAUAUACAUUGAGCACUGAAUGUUAUGCACAUGAGCAACACAUGGAGGCAUUUUCCGUAACAUUUGAUGCUGCUGGUAGACUGAAGGGGGGAAUUGAUAAGUUUUGAAAAUAAGCGGGUCCACUUUGAUGCAAUUAAUAGUUUUGGAGGUACAUUGUGAAUUGAGUGAGAG